AUGAAUGUUCAUUUUCGUCACUAUUUUCCUGUCUAUUAUUAUGAAAAACUCUCGAGCGCGAAAGAUUGCAGAGAAAUACUAUUACGUGACUAUUUUCCUGUACUUUUGUUGUGUCAGAAUUAUCAGGGAAAAAUUGCGGCUCCCAUGGAGGACCAAGAAAUCGAAGUGCUUUUCGAAUACCUUAAAAGGGAACCGGAGAUGUACCGGAUUUUGCAAAGGUUCGUGAGCAGGACUGUUCAGUUUGAACAGUCGCUCAUAGAAAGGAUGGCGGAGGCGGGGUGGAGGUUGGAGGAACUGGUAGGGCAGAGUGCCCAGCCAGCAAUGGAAGAGGAUCCGGUACCUCAGGAGCCGGAAUUUAACGAAGAAGAGGCAGAGUGGGCUCCUCUGCCUGAAAAUGAAAAUGGUGAUGAGGCCGAGAACUGGCCAUCAGAAGCAGAGUGGACCCCUCUGCCGGAAGACGAAGAAGAAGAAGAGCCUGAGGUACCGGGGGUACCAAUGGAGAUCGAGGAACCGGUAGAAGCAGUACGCGAACUCGUCCUGCGAACGAGGACAAUCAGAAUCCCGGUUCCUGCCAUGCAAGAAGCAAUGGCUGCGGCACCUCCGGAGAAAUUCGAACCAGCUGAUUUAAAAAAUCUUCCGGAGCAACUCCGAAGAGAGUUGAUAGUGCCGCAAGCAGAGCCAUACACGGUGGCACAAGGAGAAGGAAGCAAGAACAUCGUGUGUGGCCUCUGCUGCAGGCAGUUUGAAACGUUGAAAGGGUGGCGCAUUCACGCGUCGAGAACACACAAGCAAGAUGGCUUUUGUGCCCGUUGUGGGCAUUACCUCUUGCUGCCACCUGAAUUUACGGCCGCCCAGAGAACGGCAGCAAUGGAGCUUCAUGCCCUCGAUUGGUGCCCGAGGGCAUGCGCGGCCGUAAUAAGCAAACGACAGGUGAAGCGGCGCAGACUUGACCUGGCUAAUAUUAUUGCCUGGUCUUCCAUAUGCGGCCACCUGUCGCUGCCUGCUGCGAAUCUCCAUCCUCUUCCAAUGAAAGACGUCCAAGCUGGUUAG